UCGAGAUUAAGACUAUUAAGGAGUGUAUGUACAUCCGUAGAAGUACUAGUACUAAGUAUAUGAAAGAACAAAGUACGAGUACAGCGGGGCAGGAGUGGAGGGCAAGGGCAUGGGGCGAUCAACUCGAGUCAUUAAGUCGGGCCCAAAAGUCCGGGUGGGCUGCUUUUAUCCUUGUUUGAUUUGCGUCUUCAUUUAUCUGACUUCACUUGCUUAUUUUUCAUGGUAUAUACAAGCAUACGGACAGACGUACUUAGUACUAUACAGUACAUAUUCUGUGGGCUCGAGCACGCGGUGGUGGCGGGGAGGCGAAAGUACGCCGUCGGUGUUCAGAGUUCUGGCACUAUUCUAUUCUCUUCACCCCCCUCUUGCUGAUUCUUAGGUCUGAUUGGUGGUUGGUAUGGCUGAUGGGAACUGGAAUCCGGAUUCGAUCUCCUCUGUACUAUACUAGGGAUUUGGUUGUCGGCUGGAGGACUCCGGGUGAGUUGAUUUGUUGGAUUGGGUGU